CCCAACAAAAAAAGUGCGAGGCAGCAAAGUAAAUGGCGUCUCAAGUUGUUUUUUAUUAAAUAUCAAUGUGUUUCUAAUCUCACAAUGUCAUUUCUAAUGUUGUCGUGUCAGUAGAAUUGACUUAAUCUAUAUAUUUAAUGUUUCAUUGACGAUUCGUGGUUAUUUAGUCGACGUUUCACUUUUUGCCGUAAAACAAUGGCGUCGAAUGAUUCUGUAGAAUCCCAGGUAAAAGUUAGUGAAAAUCGUGAUACCGUGGACGAUUGCUACAGUUCAUGCAGCGAGACGGACGCCGGUGAAGGCAUCAAGCGUCGUCGAGUGAGUCAUGACUACCGAAAACUUUCGAAAUUGGGAUACGAUCCAAGUGUGCCAACUAAUUUGAAACACGCAUCAACUAGCGAUUUCAAUGUGAGAAAGCGCAAACCUAGCAGUGACUCUACGGAGCUCUGUGUUUGGGGAGAGAAUUCUCGACCAGCAAAGUAUAGCAAGAUAUGGCCAGUGUUUGAUUCUGGAGGAUUUGGUGACACUGCAGUACUUACUCUUCACAUACUGCAAAAGUCUGAACCGAUGAGGAACUCCUUACUCUUUAAUAGAAACAAUGAUAUACAACAACCGUGUGUUGAUUGGUUUGGAGGUAUCAACGCAUCAUUGAAGCAGACAAAACUAUCAAAUACAAUACCCCAAGAUGACUUAACAAAGCGGAUCUAUUCCUCAGUUUCACGUCAACUAAGAAUAAUCAACGGAUACUUCCAAACGUCCAUGUUCAAAUACAAAUAUCCCAAAGUGACCAGAGCGAAUGUACUUCUAGAAUCUUCUAGUUCGAGACGUUUGUCCACACAUAUCAGUCUGUCUUUGAAAGCGAUUAAGUUCCAAUCGACACCAAGGAGACAGUUACCAUGCUAUGGUAAUUUAGAAUUGCCGUUGAAGAUCAAACAAGAAAAAGCAUCAUCACAAUUCUAUCCAGCAAUAGGUAGAAGUGUUAAAACUGAAACGGAUAAAAUGCAAAAUGCUAUUAAGGUGAAAGUCGAACAGAGCAUUAAGAAUGAAGGUGAAAUUGAAAAAAGUAGAGAGAAAGAAAGGGAAAGAGACAGGUCGUCGCACUCGUCGCGCCACUCGUGCCAGCAGUGCCGGCGUCGCGCGCGCGUGAAGCGCUGCUCCAUCGGCGUGCAGUGCCGGCGCGAGCGCACGGGGCCCGUGUGGGGGCCGCUGGCGCACAGCCUCGACCUCAAGGGGCUCAAGUACCAUAGGUUAAUGCGUGUAGAGACUCAUCCAAACGGUGGCGCUAGUGUGGUGUAUCUCAACCAACAAGAUGUGGACACGUUAAGUCCCCCGCAACAGGAAACACUCGCUAAGGAGUUUUUGAAGCUCGUUUUCUCAGAGAACAGCGAAGGCUGGGCUAACUUCGUCUGCGGAGUGGUUCGGGGAGCGGCUGCGAGACUCCCAUGCUUGUUGCAGUAUUUGUCAGAGAAGUACCCGACAUUGACUGUAAAGGCAGGUGUUCUGGCUAGGGCGUCUGAUAUUGAGACAACAACUAUAAGCCGAUAUUAUCAACAGGUGCAGCAGUCGUACUCAGCGGGAACUUUCCGCUCCGGCCCCCUGCACCAGAUCUCGUUGGUGGGCACCGUGCACGAGGAGGUGGGGGGAUACUUCCCUGAUAUGCUGCGUAUGUUGGGCGAUUGCCCCUUUCUCAACCUGACAAUGCCUUGGGGUCCAAUGUCAGCGGUGGAUAUGGACCCUCAGGAGUCCAACGACGGUCCUAUUUUAUGGAUCAGGCCGGGAGAACAACUUGUACCGACUGCAGAACUCGGAAAAAGUCCCAUCAAGAAGAGAAGGACGGGCAUGAACGAGCUGCGCAACCUGCAGUAUCUGCCCCGUUGGAGCGAGGCGCGCGAGUUCCUGUUCGAGGACCGCACGCGCGCGCACGCCGACCACGUGGGACACGGACUGGACCGGAUCACCACCGCCGCCGUCGGAGUCCUUAAAGCAAUUCAUUGCGGCGAUGAAUCAGACCGUGGCAGAAUAACCAAGGACGUGGUAGCUUUUCACGCGGGAGACUUCAACAAAUUGGUGCAAUUAUUACAGUUGGAUCUCUACGAGCCGCCCAUCUCUCAAUGUGUCACUUGGUUAGAAGAAGCAAAGUUAAACCAACUCCGUCGAGAAGGUGUACGAUAUUCAAGACUACCUCUGUGUUCGGACGACAUUUACUUCCUACCGAGGAAUAUCAUUCAUCAGUUCAGAACGGUAUCUGCUGUUACAUCUAUUGCAUGGCAUCUGAGAUUAAAGCAAUAUUACCCAUCGUCAGAGGCAUCUUCACCGGCAGAAGAGAGACCACCGCCAGAUCAGAAUACAAGUAAUCAUUCAGAUUCCAAAAAAUCAACAAAACACAAGAGUGGCGUUAUUGAAAUGAGAGCGUUAAGUGCAAAAUAUAAAGAAAAGUCUGCACUAAAAAUAUCUGAAAAUCGAAAGAGCUUAGAGGGCCAAAGUAAGGAUAAAACAGAGGAAAAGAAAGAAAGACGGGCAGAUAAACACGAAAGGACAGAGAAGACUGACAAGAAUGAGAAAAUUGACAAACAUACACACAGGCACAAAGACACAGAUAAACAUAGAUCAGAGAAACCGGAAGCUCGAAUUAGUGAUAAAUCAGACAAAUCUUCAGAUAAAUCUGAUAAGCCAGAGAUCAGGGUUUCCGAUAAGGAAAACAAAGUCGAUAAGUCGGACAACAAAUCAGAAAAAUCGGAUAAAUUGGAUAGAAACGAAAAAAUUGAUAGACCGGAUAAAGAUAGAACUGAGAAGAUUGAAAGCAGGUCAGAUAAAUCUGAAAUGAAAUCCAGUGACAAGAACGAAAAGUCUUUCGAAAGAACAGAUAAGGAAAGAACCGAUAGAACAGACAAACAAGAUAAUAAAACGGAGAAAUCCGAGAGUAGGUCAGAGAAAUCUGAUAGGUCAAUGGAGAAAUCUGACCAAAAAUCAGAGAGUAGAACUGAAAAAGAAAACAGGACUGAUAAGGACAAUCGAUCAGAACGAUCAUCAGAUAAAACUCACGAUCAUCACAGACGGCAUUCAUCAUCCCGCCACAAAUCAUCACACCACAAGUCUGAGAGGUCCCGGGACCAUAAAGACCAUAAAAAGGACCAUAAAAGCUCAGACGACAGGAAAUACGAGAAGCAGAGGGAUAGAGAUGUAAGGGAUGUGAAAAAUUUUGCCGAUUCAAAAGUGCAAAGUGAUAAGUUACCGCAAGUGAUCCAUCGACCUCCGGAUUAGUGUGUGAUUUUGUGUGAAAACAAAGAGCUUUGUGAGUGGUUAGAAGAUUUGGACCUUGUGACGGUCCGUGCAAUGUCCGUUCCCUGUAUUAUAACAAGAUGUUAUAUUUCAGUGAAAUUGUUAAUAUACACAAUGUUUUAAAAUAUAAUCAUGUCUGAUUUGCGCGAAUGUAGGGCUUAAUUGUUUAAAAUAUUAUUUGGUGUACUUCGUACUUCUAAAAUUAUUUUUAUAAUAAUUAAAAUUGAUCUCUGUUUCGACUGCGCAAGGUUCCAAAUUUCUCUAAAAACUCUGAGCAGAAAAAUCGUACCAUAGGAUAAUUCCCUGUAAAUAAUAGACUAAGAGUCUCGUAGAGGCUAAGCGAUGGAUGGUUGAAGGCGCAGUUUUAGAUCUUUCUUAUUUACUAAUCAGUACUUAGGUAUUUUUUUUACUAUAAGUUACUUUAUUUAAAAUUAGAUUCAACAUCGGAUGUAAAAUUAGAAUAAUUUAAAGUAUAUCUUGUUUUAAUAAAGAAUAAAAUAAUAAUUUCCAUUUUUGAAGUUGGCUUAGAACGAAUGGAUUUCUUGAAGUAUUGCCUAGGUUAUUAAUGUACACAGACAUACUUCAAACUUUUUUAACUGAUAAUAAUAUCAGUAUUAAAUACAACCCAUCAACCCUCAUCUAAAACUGCGUUAUGAUUGUGAUGAAAAAGUUUUAACGAAGACGAAUAUAUAAUAAAUAAAUUUUAAGAUGAAAAAAAAAAUUAAUAUUCACACAUAUUUCUAAAGAACUUGCACUAAGAGUAAAAAGAUAUAUUAAUAAAUAAUUAAGGUUAGAGAGUACAUUUUUUUGUGAUUUUUAUUAAAUUAUUUAUUACGUCCCUUGUUAUUGCGACUAAGGAGAUAUGGAACGCUACGUGUUCGAAUUAUUUAUUUAGGAAACGAAAUAUAUUUGAAUAUUCGACUAUUUAUAUCGUUAGGGGCUAAAGAUUCUAGAUAACUAAAAUAAAACUGUUUACUAAUUUAAGCUGCAUACAAUAAUAUAUACAAAUAAUAAUACAUACAAAAGAGAUAUUGGUAACUUUUGUGUGAAUUUGCAUUUGCAGCUGAAGAUUCUGGAAUUAUUUUAAUGUGUUAACAAAAAUUGUUACACUUUUGUAGAAAUUGUCAACAAUUUGAGUGGAAAUUUACUGUAAGAUUUAUUACUAAGAUCUUAGCUCGGAAGAGAAAUGAUAUGGAUGGUGUAGGUAACGAGAACAUUUUUAUAUUGAACUUUUUAUAUUAAUAAUGCCGUUUUCAAAAACUCAAAACAUCAAAUACUAUUAUAAAAUACAUCAAACAUCAUUAAAACAUUUUAUCUAUAAAAUUUCUGUCGAAUCAAUUGCUAUUUGUAAUUUAAAUUUUGGACAAACUUAAUGUAAGGUUAGCAAAACUCAUUUUAGUUUAUUAUUUUAACUUUUAAUUUAUUCAAUAAUAAAACCAAAAUUUUUGUCGAUUGUCUUUGAACUUUGAUUUGAUUAAUGAAUGGUUAUUAGGAGAAUGACUUAUUAAAAUGUAUUGUAUGCGUUAAACACAUUCAAAAUUUAAUAUUAAAAUUGAUAUUGAAUAUAAAACUUAUACCAUUCAUAUGUGAUUUCCUUUAUAUCCAAUAUUAGAAAGUCUAUGUAGAACGUUGUAUAUUGUAAACAAGUUUUAUUUUGUCAAAACUGAAUAUUACUUGAAUCAAUACAUAAAUAUAAUUUUAUCGAUUUUUCGAUCUUUAUAAAUAUUAGGUAUACUUAAUCUAAAUAAAAAAUAAUACUAAUUAAACGUGAGUGACUUAAUGUAAUUACAGGCAAAAUGGACAUAACAUCUUAGGUCCUGUCUAGACUGUUUGAAUGAAUGAUUAACACUCAGGUCUAAGGGCAGAGCUUACUACUUACCUGAUAAAAAAAAGAAAAAAAAACAAUAGUGUAUUUAUAAACAUACAUAUUUGGGUUUUAGGUUAUUUUACUAAACCCUUACAGUCAUUCAAUGUUCCCUUUAUUGUUUCAUAAGCUCACGAGACAAGACAGUCAGUCUAAAAAGCUAUGAUCAUGUCUAAAACCUAAAUAUAAUAUGUAAAAUUGAUAAAAUGUAAAUGUUUAGUGUACAAAUAAAGCUUGUUUACAAAUAGCGCAACACUGUUGAAAUGAUUAUUUGUUUUGCAUUAUUUUAUUAUUAAAAUUUUUAGCCUCUAAUUAAAUAAAUUCUUGAAAGACGAACUCUGUAAUUAUGCAGUUUUGAAUUGUUUAAAAACUUGCCUAUUUUAUCGAUUUAGAACGAAUAAAUUAUGAAUAUAGUAGUUAUUUUGUUAUGAAAAAUUAAUUUUGUUGUAAAUUAAGAAGAAAAAAAAGUAAUGAUGGAAUUACAAUAGAUUUAUUUGAUAUUAGCAUUAUUUAAUAAAAGUGAUCUUGCUCAUAUAUUCUGGAGUAAUUUAUUUUGUUAAAGUUUUUCAAUCGACAAAAUUGUAUCAUACAUUUAAAAAAAUAGUUCAUAAAUACUUUUUCGUCACCACCCAAAAUAAGAACCUCUAUUUAAAAAAAACACAUUAAGAAUAUAUAUUUCUUACAGAUAAUACUUUGAAAUUUCUGUUUGUUCCAAUAAAAAUGAAUGCUUCAGUUAUUAAAAUGUUUGUAUAACUUAAUUUCAAUGAGGGAACAAUGUAACCAAAAUUAUUAUAUUGAAGAUAUAUAUGUAUUUAUUUAAUAUAUCUUGAAAACAAUUUUUAUACAUUGAAGUGGUGGAGUUAUACAAAUUUUUUACCAUAUUCAAAUAGUGUUUCUAAAAAUGGAAAUAAGUUCAGAAAAAAUAUUUGAAAAAGGAAUUUUUAAGUUAUGGUUGAUAACUUAGUUACUGUUUUUUUAAUUGAAUGAAUUUUUAAUUUCGGAGCUAAUCAGGCAACAUAUUGCACAGAUUAAAAAUAAUGAAUGUUCAUCUUUAGUAUUUAUAAUCAAUCAGAAAUUUUAUUUGGUAAAAAUUUGGAACUAUUAAAUCAAUAAAGCACAAAUCAUUAUUUAAUUUAAAUUUUUGCCACAACAAGUCCUUUGUAAAUUAAAUCCAAAACAAUGACCCUUUUAAGAAAUGUAGAUUCGAUUUCAGUCUUCUCAAACGCUGACAAUUAUGAUUAAUCCUUAAAGCGUUUAAGUUUAGAUGGUUAAUUUAUUGUUUCACGUUUCCUAUAUUUUUUUUUAAAUAAUAAAUAGAGUAUGAUAGAG